AUGUUGAACAUGGCUCACAACCUGGCACCAAGCGUCAACUGUUCGCUGGACGACAUCGAUCUCAACGCGUUAAAGGAUCCGGCUGGCAUAUUCGAACUCAUCGAAGUCGUCGGCAAUGGCACCUAUGGACAAGUGUACAAGGGAAGACAUACCAAAACUGGACAAUUGGCAGCAAUCAAAGUUAUGGAUGUUACUGAAGAAGAAGAGGAAGAAAUUAAAUUGGAAAUCAAUGUUUUGAAAAAAUAUUCCAAUCAUCGUAAUAUUGCUACAUAUUAUGGUGCAUUUAUUAAAAAAAGUCCACCGGGCAAAGAUGAUCAACUAUGGCUUGUGAUGGAAUACUGUGGGGCUGGAUCCGUAACCGAUUUGGUUAAAUCCACCAAAGGUCAGUCACUUAAAGAAGAAUGGAUUGCCUAUAUAUGCAGGGAAAUAUUACGUGGUCUUAGCUAUUUGCACUCAAACAAGGUCAUACAUCGUGACAUCAAGGGUCAAAAUGUUUUGUUGACCGAUAAUGCCGAAGUGAAACUUGUUGAUUUUGGAGUCAGUGCUCAGUUAGAUCGGACCAUUGGGCGACGUAACACUUUUAUUGGUACUCCAUACUGGAUGGCCCCAGAAGUUAUUGCUUGUGAAGAAAAUCCAGAUGCUACAUAUGAUAAUAGAAGUGAUCUGUGGAGUUUAGGUAUUACUGCAUUAGAAAUGGCUGAAUCCCAACCACCUUUGUGUGAUCUUCAUCCCAUGAGGGCUCUAUUCUUAAUUCCAAGAAACUCUCCACCUAGAUUGAAGUCAAAAAAAUGGGCUAAAAAGUUUCAUGGUUUCAUAGAAACAGUGCUUGUUAAAGACUAUCAUCAGAGGCCAUAUACAGACCAGCUUUUGAAACACCCAUAUAUUAGGGACCAACCAACAGAGAGGCAAGUUCGUAUUCAACUUAAAGAUCAUAUUGAUAGGUGUAAAAAACGAAAGCAAGAAAAAUCUGAAAGAGAAGAUUAUCGGUAUAGUGGAUCAGAAAAUGAAGAAGAUGAGGACCAUAAUAUUGCAGGUGAACAACAUUCAUCUAUAAUUCAAGCUCCUGGUGAUAAUACAUUGAGGAGAAACUUCCAACAAAUCCAGGAGGGGCGAACUUUAACCCCUCAUGGUAAAGAAAAACAUGGUAAAGAAAGAGAAGAAAUACCAGAACCAGGUCCUCCGGCUCGACCACCUAUAAUACCUCACAGAUUAAUCGUUGUUCCAGAUCCCCACCCACCGUCUAGACCUCUUCCGCCACCACCACGCGAUGAUAGACACUUCCAUCCACAACAGCAACAACCACAGCGAAAUUCAAACGUAUUCCAACCAAUGUUAAAUGAAAUAGGUGGUUCAUCAGCCAGACAGACAGAUGUUUCUGUGUCACAGGUACACCAAAAUGGAGGUGCCAAAGUGAUACCACAAGGAAUAAUAAUUGAGUCUGAUUCUUCUGAUGAAGAUGAAGAUGACGAUGAUGAUGAAGAAGAUGACACAGCUCAUAGACACGAUGCUCGCCGUGCACCACCCAGAAGAAAACCAAAUGAUGGAACAUUACUUGCUAGUGAUCCACCUAAACCACUACCCGCUGAUAUAAAUCCUAAUGGACUAAAUUUAGAAGGAUCAUCAUCAAGCUCUAGUACUGUUAUGGGACCUGGUGGCGCGCCUAAUCGUCCUCUACCUCCCACUCCAGAUGAAGAAGAAAGUGGAGACAGAACAUUGGUAUUAAGAAGGUUGCCGCAACAAAAACCAAGUUCAAGUGAUGGGAAAGUAGAUAUUGAUGAACAAAAAUUGCUGAAGGAUUGGGAUUUUGCCCGCUUUUUUCAUAAAUCAAAUAAUAUAGCAGAAAAAAAUUCUCAACAAAAAGCCAAAGAACAGGUAUCGUCGGUACCUAGACGAAUGCCACAACAUAAUCGUAAUGGUUCAGAAUCAUCCGGCCCUUCCAAAUUUAUACCCAAUGUGUUCAGACGAGAGAAUACAGAUUUUUUCGUACCAUCAGCUCGUCAUUCUGCCAUGUUUUUUGAUGGAAGACGUUCUGAUAUUCAGCAGAGAAGAAGUUCAGAUGUUAGUAAAAAGUCUUUGGAACGAACUGAUUCCUUAAAAAAACCGUGGAAACCAACUAGGCCAAGGCGAGAAAGAACUGAUGGUGAUAUAGUAUUGCAAACCAACCGACAAAGAUUUGUCAGACCAUUGUUAGAAAACAGACGUUUAGAGAAUGAUCCCAGGUUUUCACGAGGAAGUGCUAAUAGUAGCAAGAAGAGUAAUGGUCAAGAUAAUGGAUUUACCAAUGAAACUAAUCAGAACCGUGAUGAACGCCGUAGUGAUUUCCAUAGACAUGACAUAUCAGGUGGAUCAAGUUCAAGGACAAGUUCGGUUCUACCAGAUCUACUUUCUCAGGCUUCAUCUAGUCCUGGUACUCCGAGUCAAAGACUUGACAAAAGCAAUAGUGAAGAGAAACAACGUUCAUUCCUGACAUUUGGCUUUGGGGCUGGUGGUACUGGUACUAGUACAAGUUCACAAGGGCCUGGACGUCGUGAGUCACACGUUAACGUUAAUGUUACACCAACUGUACAUGAUUUAGCAUCUGAGACACCCGAGAUACGUAAAUACAAAAAACGUUUCAAUUCUGAAAUCCUCUGUGCCGCAUUAUGGGAAACUGGACUAAUGUUAUUAGACAGAAGUGGUCAAGGUAAAGUGUACCAACUUAUUUCUAGAAGACGAUUCCAACAAAUGGAAGUAUUAGAGGGUCAAAAUAUUUUAGUAACUGUUUCUGGCAAGAAAAAUCGUGUUAGAGUCUAUUAUUUAUCUUGGCUGAAAUCUAAAAUUCUUAGAACAGAUGGGCAAGUAGAGCGUAGGAAUGGUUGGAUAAAUGUUGGGGAUUUACAAGGUGCUGUACACUUCUGCAUUGUAAAGUAUGAACGUAUUAAAUUCUUAGUGAUAGCACUCAAAGACAGCAUCGAGAUCUAUGCAUGGGCUCCUAAACCAUAUCAUAAAUUUAUGGCUUUUAAGUCCUUCGGAGACCUUGUUCAUCGACCCCUACUAGUAGAUUUGACAAUUGAAGAAGGGGCACGACUUAAGGUGAUCUAUGGAUCAGCUGAUGGAUUCCAUGCAGUAGAUCUUGACUCCGCAUCUGUGUAUGAUGUAUAUUUACCUAAACAUACUCAAGGAGCUAUUGCACCACAUUGUAUUGUUGUGUUACCAAACUCUAAUGGGUUACAAUUGCUGUUAUGUUUUGACAACGAGGGUGUCUAUGUAAAUACUUAUGGAAAGACGUCAAAGAAUAUAUUAUUACAAUGGGGUGAGAUGCCUACGUCGGUUGCAUAUAUUGGCACUGGUCAAAUAAUGGGUUGGGGCAACAAAGCAAUCGAAAUACGAAGUGUAGAAACUGGUCAUUUGGAUGGUGUAUUUAUGCACAAAAAAGCACAGAGGUUGAAGUUUCUUUGUGAACGAAAUGAUAAGGUAUUCUUUUCGUCAGCUAAAGGUGGGUCAUGUUGUCAGAUAUAUUUCAUGACACUCAACAAACCUGGCAUGGCCAAUUGGUAA